GUGCUUCUUCUCCUCACCUGAUUUUUCUUUUCGUCGCCGCCGCCCUCGAUUGCUGCCUUUACCGCUCUGUAUUUGACCUCGCUUACAGUUUAUUUUUGAAACUCUGUAUCAUUCUGCGUCAGGCAUUUAUCUUUUCCCAGCGUUACGUUGACAAACGCGACCAACUCGCACAUUUCGACCCGACUCUCCCGCACCCAACUGCCGCAUCCUUGUGCGAAACACAGCAACAUCGAGUUUGCCCUUGCAUUGCAUAUGCUGCCUUUAGACACAUAAGCAGAAGCAGCCGGCGAAGUUUGAAUCGAAGAAAUUAUAUUAGCAUCGAGCCGACAUCCUUCGAUGGUUGAAGAGGCACUAGCGUGCACUCGACGCCGUCCAUAGCCGACAUCAUGCGAACAACACGAAUAUUGAUUCUUAUCCUCUUCCUAACCGCAACAUUCUUUGUUCUUAUACGAGGGCUUUCUACUCAAAGCACCACUCCUUCGAGAUACCCCAGCCGCUACCCCAGCGGCCGUCAGUCAUUUUUCGGUUUCCUAUACUAUAAUACACCUUUCUCUCUCUUCCCCCCAAAUGCAGCUAUUAGCUUGACCGAAGACAAUAGCACUUCGUUUGCAGCACGCCCGGCAGCAUUUGGGCCAUCACUGGCUAGCACCGGCCUGAGCGGCCCUCUCUGGGUUGGCAGCGGCUUCGCUGAGGAUAGUGUCGACGGCAAUGGAGAGCUAGGCUGCAGUGAUAUCCCUGGAUGGGACGGAGGCAUGGCAACCUCGACGACCCCGGUUGCUAAAGGCAGUGUAGCGUCUACAGAAAAGAGCAAUGAGGUUGCAGAAGUAGGCAGCUCUAGCUCCAAGAAAAAGUCGGCUAGAGCUCGACGUGGGUUGGCUUUUAUUGUAUCUUCUGACACACCAAGCAAGAGCGAAACCACACACAAGGAUCCAUCCCCUGCACACGCAGAUAUACAAAGUAUUCAAGAAGCUGCCGAGAUAGAGGGCAAGAUUGCUCUGUUGAUGCGUGGUGGAUGUGGAUUCUUGGAGAAGGUUCUUUGGGCUCAGCGUCGCGGAGCUAUCGCAGUUAUUGUUGGAGACAAUACCCGUGGCGGCCCGCUGAUACAGAUGUAUGCUACAAGUGAAGAUGCAGAAGGCGUGGUAAUUCCUUCAGUUUUCACGGCUCGCACCACCGCUCAGCUCCUAUCGUCACUCACGCAGCCUGGGUCUCUGGGGAAGCACGACGCGAAUCCUCGUGGCAAGCCUACGCUGAACAUGCAUAAGUCUGGGAAAACGACGAAGCCUACACCACAUGAGACCCCUAUUGCUAGUGCCAAGGCUUUACCAAAGGUUCGCAGUAAGCGAGAUGGCUGGAUAUCCACUAUACUCGGUAGAGGUAGUGUUAAAACAGGCACCGUGGCAAAGAAGCGACCAGACCAGACUGUUGGUAAAGAUUGGGAUCCUCGGAAAGAUCGCCAGCUGAGUGACAAAGUUGCUGAAAAGAACACUAAUAAGAAGACAAAGCAAAACGCAACACCAGUGGUUGAUGAUGGCUUUGUUAUUGGCGUGGACGACUGGCGAGAUCCUGACCUGCGCGAGCAGCCUAAAAGCGCCAAGGCUAAUGGACAAUCAGCGACUAGCAAAGGGGUUAGCUCCUCCGUUUCUACAGAUUUGCAUCAAAAAGAGGCUGGCAUUAUGAGGAAGUUGUUUGGCAAAAGCCCGGAUGACGAUGACGACGACGAUGACGACAACGACCUUGAUAUACCACAUGAGCCUGCACCAACAUCACAUGAAGGGCUCUGGGUUACUAUUACACCGACAAGCGGAGCAAGCCCAUUCUUUGAUACCCUCUUGGUGCUCGUUGUCAGCCCACUAGUAACUUUGAGCGUUGUCUAUGCUUUGCUGAUUCUGCGAGCGCGUAUCAGACGUCGCCGAUGGCGAGCUCCAAAGUCAGUUGUGGAAAGACUCCCCGUUCGCACGUUCCGCACUGUCGCAAUUUCUUCCAGCUUAAAUUCGAGAAAUCCAUCGCCAUCGGGAGCCACUCCAACCCCAACCACACCCCUCUUGCAGCGACACCACUCGAGUUCUCGUCCGCGAUCUCGAACGACGACAGGUGUGCCCGAAAGUGACUCUCUCUUGAUUCCUAGCUCAAGUAGACAAUCACGCGGCCGAUCUAAGCCCGAGAACGAACCCGGAGCUGGUGGCUUCUCUGCUGAAUGGAGAAAAUAUAUGGGCCGCCAAGUAGAAUGUGUUGUAUGUCUGGAGGAGUAUGUCGAUGGAGUCAGUAGGGUCAUGAGUCUGCCUUGUGGCCAUGAAUUUCACGUCGAUUGCAUCACACCAUGGCUUACAACCAGGCGCCGUACUUGCCCAAUUUGCAAGGGUGAUGUAGUUCGAUCUCUGCGAUAUGGCUCGCAAGCUGGCCCGCGCUAUGAGCCAUACCAUGAGGACAGCGAUGACCCUAGCGAUGAUGAGGCACCGAACACCCGUAGCCCUCAGAAUGCAGCCGACGGUGAUCUUGAACAGGGUACGGCGAACCCUUCGGCUCAGAGUCGAGUUCCGACUUCUGUUGAGGAAUGGCUUAGUAUUGUGUCCAAUACCCUGAGCACUAGACAGCGCGUAGCGUCGAGGUCACUAUCGCCUACGCGACGACGAUAGGACCAAUCCGUCUUAAUGGCUUAUCUUGGACAGUUUUGAACGGUUUAUACGGGAUUCUUUACAAGUUUCAUUUUGUAUUUAGCAAGCGAGCGUUAUGUACAUGCACACUAAUGAAUCCGAUCAUUGCGCUUAAUUUUUGGAGUAUUUCUUUUUUCGUCAAUUGUUGUAGUUCUGGUAUCAUGGAAUUUGUCAACUUUUAGGACUGGGCCUGGAAUUGUAUUGUGCUUUUUUAGAUGUAACCCUUGACAAUGGCAGCCUCUGCGUUUAGGAUAGAAGAGCCAGCAGCACCAAUGACAGCUAGUAAUGGUAUGUUAGUGACCAGGCGUUCUGAUGCCGAGAUAUGCUUUGGGAACUUACUGUUGUGGCUGAGAGCAACAAACUUGAGAUCGAACAAGCCGCUGUCAUCCUUGCGAACACGACCAACACUAACAGUGUAGCCACGGCCUAAGUCGCGGUCGAGUCUGGGCUGUGGUCUGUCGUCCUCGUCGAACACCUUGAUGGGCGGGUUGGGUGCUGACGGGCAGCCGAGUGUCUGUGCCUCACUGGUGUAUGAACGCAGGACCUCCUUGCACUGCUCAGGUGAAGGAGGAGGCUGCAUCUUGAACUUUAAGCUGACGCAAGCAACGUGACCGUCGAGGACAGGAACACGGUUGCAGGCGGCUGAGACGACGAGGUCGCUCUGCUCGGUGAAUGCGGUACGAGAGUCGUCCAAGCGGCCGAGAAUCUUGCGAGCCUCGGUCUCGAGCUUAUCCUCCUCUCCAGAGAUGAAAGGAACAACAUUGUCGAUAAUGUCCAUGGAACUGACGCCGGGGUAGCCCGCGCCAGAAACGGCCUGCAUGGUGACGAUACUAACAGUAUCAAUGGGUCCGAAGGCGGCCUGGAGGGCAGCGAAAGGAAUGACAAGACCGAUGACGGCGCAGUUGGAGUUGCAGACAAGGAAGCCUUUCUUGAGGUUAUACACGGAUCGCUGGUGAGGAAUGAGGUCGAGAUGGGGGAGGUUGACA